CAACGACGAAACAUCAUGGCGGACAAAGAUAAGAAGCCGAUGUCACGUUUAAUGAAACUCGCGAACAAAUUUAACUGCUUCUACCUGUCAGGUUUACAUGCAGGAGAAUGCAGAGCUUUUGUUGUGGAUGGACAACAAGUUGGUCUGGUACGACCAGAUGUCGUGAAAGAAAUAUUAAAUCAUCCUCAAGUAUUUCAAGUAUAUCCUGAAUAUGUGCAAUUAAAUCCUGCUUUUCGAGAUUAUACUGAAAGAAGUGCACGUAUUGAUGAAGUAUUAAGAGAAUGGAAAGCAAAUGGAAAAUUUGUGACACUAAGAGGCUGGAGAGAAGAGUGUCACGAAGUGCGCGCUCAGUUUAAUACUUUACCUUUACUUAAGAUGGAUCGCUCAGCUACAUGUUUAUUUGGAAUUCGAAAAUAUGGAGUAGACAUAAAUGGCUAUGUAAUGGAUCCUGUUAAGGGUUUGUCAAUAUGGUUACAAAAACGUAGUCCGACCAAACAAACAUGGCCAGCUUACUGGGACAGCAUGGUGAGUGGUGGAUUGACUGUUGGUUACGGCAUAAACGAAACUGCAAUAAAGGAAGCUGGUGAAGAAGCCGGAAUCCCAAAUCAUCUUAUUGUCAAGCUCAAGAGCGCCGGUUGCGUAUCCUUUUUCUUUGAAAGUGAAAGGGGACUGUUCCCUAACACAGAAUUUGUGUACGAUCUCGAACUGCCACCUGAUUUUGUACCACACAAUAGCGACGGAGAAGUAGAGACCUUUGAAUUGCUGCCUGUUGGCGAAUGCCUAGAAAGGAUACUCUCUCCACAUUUCAAGACUACAUCUGUACCAGUUGCUCUUGACUUCUUAAUCAGACACGGAUACAUUACAGCGGAAAAUGAGCCUAACUUUAUACAAAUUGUAGAGUUACUUCAUGUACCUCUGCAAACUAUGUACAAACAUCGACACAAAGUUAGCGAUGGAAUGGCCAAUGGUGAAGCAAUCGAAGCUCUAGAGAAAAAUUAAGUUUCCAUAGAAACUCUUAAUUUAUAACACGCUGCAGGCUAUGAAUUAAAUUAAACGAAUGAGGUUGUUCAUUUUCUUUGUUUAUUCAUUUAAUAAUGAAUUUCAUAUUAAAUGACGCAGUUGUACACAUGGAAGAUUCUUAUAAAAAGUUUUUUUAUAAAUUAUUGACUUGUAGAAAUUAAAGAACACGCGUUUGUAUUGUUAAGUUGAACAUAGUAUCUUUUGCAUUUAUUUUAGAGUUAUUUUAGUUGCAAUUCUUACAUUAACAACGAAAAAGAGAAAUUCAAUACGCUUUAUUAACCGUAUUACUUGUAGCAUGGUUAUGUGAUCGGUGUAAUACGUUUUUGUUUUCAAGUUUUCACAGUUUUGUGAUUCAAAAAUGAGGAGAAAUUUGCAUUUUAAUCAACUUUUUAUAUGAUAAAAUGUUAAUCUUUUAUAGUGAAAAUCUGAUUCGAUAUCUGAUUAAUAGAAUGAAGUUGUAAAGAUAAAUCUUUUCAGGUAUUCAAUUCUAUUAAUAAUUAACUUCAUUAUUUUUAUUAAUUCUUUUUAACAAAUUAAUUGAAUAAGUAGUUAGAUUAUCGAAGAAUAUUUUUCUGUACGAUCUGCCAUUCUUACAUUCAGCACAACAAAAAGUAUGCAAAUUAUAUAAUGUGCUUAUUUACCGAAAAGAUAUAAUGAAAAAACAAAAAAAAACAAAAAAAAAACAAAAAAAACCAAACUUAUAUGACGUAUUACGAUCAAACCAGAAGUAUUACGGACGCAUUCCAAAUAAGUUUACUGAUAAGAAUAUGUGUGUGCUUAAAACUCGAAAAGGUUUUUCAAUCAACUCACAGUUAUGUCUUUAUAUAUAUUAAAUCUUCCAGCGUACUUAAACAUUUGACUGCUAUUUACAUGAAUUUGCUUAUGAAUGCGUUCCAACAGUUUUCGAUAGAACUUUGUUUUGAAUAUAUGUUUACUUGAAUUCCAUUAACGAACAUGAAAGGCUGUUGUUUGGCAUGUUUAUUUAUAACGUUGACCGCCACGCAAAAUUUGUCUCACUGCGCUGCGAAUUAACUGUCAUUUUGUCUUUAUUAUUUUUAUUGUCAACCCAAAUGAUAAAUUUGUGUUCUCUCAAUUAGUCGUUUAUCGCGAUUUUCCAUUAUUCUUUUCCUUUAAGUGACACUCUAGCUCAGGUUAAAACAAUUUUGUCGCCAUGUUUGUAAACAUUUUUUUUCUUAAAAAAAAGACUUGAAAAAAACUACGUGCCAGGUUCCAUAACUUCCGGCGUGGUAGUCAACGGUAUUAUUAAUACUUUGUUUAGGAGAAAAAUCAAAAGUGAUAAUUUUAUUAUUCCUUCAUCUUGUAUACAUUACUUAUUGUUCGAAUUCAUCUCGUAUGUACAUUACUUAUUGUUCAAAUUUUAUUAAUAUAAUAACUGCACAAACUGGCAAGCACAAAUUUAAAGACUAAUACAACAUUUAUAUCUUUUUGUUCGUCAAUUGUUUUGAUAUUUAAAAAAGUUAUAAUUUCAUGUUUAAUUUCAU